AUGGAUGGAAAUCCAAAAGAGACAACAAAACCAUUCAUAACUACUUAUGGAGCAAACUUUUCUUUUGUUGGUAGAGAUGAACCUAUCGAGUUUAUUAUAAAAAACUCAAAAGAGGUCAUUAAACACUUUAGUCUUUCAUCUGAAGCAUGGGUGCGAUCAUCAAUGUUUAUAGUUACAGGUGCCCCUGGAAUUGGAAAAACUAGAAUUCUAUCUGAAUUUCCAUCCAUUCUACACCAACAACUUAAAGAUCGGGUAGCACAUAGUGUCGGCCUCUAUUUAUCAUUUGCCGAUUAUUACAACGUUGAAUCAGAGAAAAUAUCUAUUAUGACAUCAUUUUCUCUCAGAGUCUUGUAUGCCUAUUUUAACCUCAGCAUUGGUUUUUUUCAAUUUUUGGAUCUUUGGAUCACUCAAUUUCCAGGUAUUCUUCUUUCUACUAAUCUAGCGAUGGAGUACGACUCUCACCACUUACUUUUGGAUUCAAGUCGUCACCAAGAGAAAUUUUCAAAAUUACAAACACUUCAGAUGCAACUUGGGAGUUUCCAAUGUAGUAUUAAUAGUAUCUUUAUUGUCCCUGUCAUUGGUGGAGCAGAAUCUAUUGAGCAUGGGUUUUCAUCAUCUUAUCGUUACUAUAGCGUUCCAGUUGACCAACUAGAAACCUUGUCACCCAAUAGUCCAGUUCGACAAAUUAUAUCCCAAACAAAGUUUAAAGACUAUUGGGAUUUACCAGCUUUCAAAUAUGCACUCAUGUUUGUCGGUGGAUGGCCAAGACUUUUAGAAACACUUUUAAAUGUAAUGAAUGAUAUGGGAACGACAAUUUAUGCAACAUACCAAGAUUAUCGAGAGGUUCUUACCCAGACACGUCAUCGACUAGAAAAACAUCUAGGUCUCGACACUGCAAACAACACCUUUUUUCCCACUUUAUUGGCAUAUUCUAUUACAUGUAAAACUGUUUGGUCUUGGGAAACUAGUUGCCCAGAAGCAGAUUCUCCCACAUUUAAAGAGUUUGAACAACUUGGGGUGAUUACAAGAUACAAUGAUGGUGUUUGCUUUCCACUACUUUUUAUAGAUUGGAACUCCAUUGAUCUCCAAGAAGAACCCUCUUUUGGUCUUUUAUUAGGAAGAGGAUUAAAGUCAACUUUAUUACAAGUGGAUUACCAAAGAAAAGAAGUACUACCAAUAGACAAGAGAUUCCUAGGGAUUAAAAAAGAAACAUUUUUAGGUGGCCAUACUAGAUUAUUUCUUAAAGGAGAAUCUUUAGAUUUUGAUUUCCUAUCAUUACUAACUGGGACGAUUGAUGGACCAAGAGUUUUCUUUGCAUGUCAAUCCAAACUAGAAAUUAACCUUGUUAAAGAAGAAUGGUCUAAGGCAAUAGGUGACAUGGCCUCCACUUUGCUUGAAAUGUUAUCUAAAAAUGUAAUUCAUAUUCCUUCAAAUCAAAAUGAAACAGUUCACUUUGUUGUAGUUGAUAGAACAGCCUCUUUCUAUUCUCCCAAUUUCAUUAAUUUACUUCAACAUCUUACUUGA